AGUGUACAUUUUUGCUGACAAAUACACCCCGAUAACUUGUGCUCUAAAUCUAAGCAAUUCUCCUCUGUACUUUGGUCCUAAAGAGAGAAAUUGACAGAUAAAGUUUGAGUUUUUCUCCUUCUUUUACUAUCAAGGUUGUGGUUCUUGAGGUUUCUUUAUCUUAUAUGCUGGAAUAUGAGCACUACUCCUAAUAAAAGACCACAUGAGGAUGGUGGAAAUGUUAGUGGUAGUAACCGCAGUCACUCUUCUUCUCCAACGUACUACCAGGAUGACUCUGGUAGAAUGAUCAAGCUGACGAGUGAUGGAAAACUGGAAUUUAUUCGCUCCGUUGAUGUAGGCCCAGAUGGUCGAAUGCCGAAGAUUCGACGGUUCGUAUCACGGGAUUCGGAUAGAAGAUCUCCUGAGCUACCAAUGUACCGUGUUUCAUCAUGUCCAAAUGUUCCAAAUGUUCCAAAUGUUUCACAUCCUGAUCAUUCUGUUGCUUUAGAUAACAGAUUACAGCCCAAGGAAAAUAACAAGGUUGAGAAUUGUGAUGCAAAAAGUGAAUUAAGGGACAAGGACGAUAGAUUUGAGAAGAGAGCUGAUGAUGGUAAGGACAUUAAACAUGAUGGGGAUACUUUACCCGAAUAUAAGGGAGAUGUGAAGGCUGAUAAGGACAGGUUUAGUGGGGUGAGUUGGAAGGAUUCUAAAGAAGAAAACACAGGCAAAAGAUAUCUUGAUGUCCCUGCUGGGAACGUGGAUCCAUGGAAUGCGUCAAGAACCCAUGGUGCUGCUGAGGUAGGAAAGGAAUUCUCAAACGAUAACAGGGAUUUUGCUCAAGUGCGUGAAGCUAUUGGUGAAAACAAGGUGGAUUUGACAGACAAAGAUAAAGAUAGAAAAAGGAAAGAAGGGAAGCACCGGGAAGGGGGAGAUAGGGAUAAAGAAAGAAAUGAUCGUCGGAAUAAUUUACAACUAGGGAAUAGCAGUUCUGAUAACAAGGAGUUGCUUAAAGAGGAAAGGGAAUCUGAGCGGCGGGAGAAGGAAAGAAGAGAUAUUUCAAAGGAUAAGGAGAGACCAAAGGACUGGGAAAAGGACAAUGUGAACAGGGAAGUGUGGAAUGGAGCGGAGAGAGAGGUUUCACAGAGUGAAAAAAAAGUGGUUGAUGUUCCUGGAAAAACAAAUGAGCUGGGAAAUUCAACAGUGGAGCUGAAGAAACAGAAAGAUCAUGAUAGCUGGAAAAAUACUGACAGAGAUGGAAGUGAGAGGAGAAAGGAAAGAGAUACUGAUUUAGAAGGAGAGAAGCCUGAGAAACCUGGCACGCAUCAUGAUAAAGAAUCAGAGGGGGAAGCAAUGGACACUGAAGGAGGUGGAGAAAGAGAAGCUCUUAAUUGUGGAGUUCAGCAGCGCAAAAGGAGGCCAAGAGGGAGUCCUAUGGCCAACCGCGAUCCUCCUUUUAGGUCACACACUCAUGAAAAUGAAGGAUCUCAAGGUAAGCAUGAUGUAUCCACCGUCAAUUAUAGAGUUGGUGAGUGCAUGCAAGAACUGAUUAAAUUGUGGAAGGAAUAUGAAUCAUCUCAAGCUGAUAGAGCAUCUGAGAGCUCUCCAAGUGGUCCUACUUUAGAAAUUAGGAUUCCAGCUGAACACGUAUCAGCUACAAAUCGCCAGGUGAGAGGUGGCCAGCUAUGGGGAACGGAUAUAUACACCAAUGACUCAGAUCUUGUUGCAGUUCUUAUGCACACAGGUUACUGUCGUACUACUGCUUCUCCUCUUCUGCCAACCAUUAAGGAGUUACACGCUACUAUCAGGGUGCUACCUCCCCAAGAUUGCUAUAUAUCAACUCUGAGAAACAAUGUGCGUUCACGUGCCUGGGGUGCUGCAGUUGGCUGCAGCUACUGUAUCGAGCGGUGCUCUGUUGUGAAGAAAGGAGGUGGAACCAUAGAUCUUGAACCUUGUCUGACGCACUCCUCAACCUUGGAGCCUACGCUUGCUCCCGUGACAGCAGAGCGCACUAUGACCACUAGAGCUGCAGCUUCGAAUGCACUACGACAACAGAGAUUUGUACGUGAAGUGACCAUUCAGUUCAACUUAUGCAAUGAGCCUUGGCUCAAAUACAGUAUCAGUGUUGUUGCUGACAAGGGUUUGAAAAAGCCCCUUUUUACAUCUUCACGCAUGAAAAAGGGCGAAGUUCUUUAUUUGGAAACCCAUACUCAAAGGUAUGAGCUCUGCUUUAAUGGAGAAAAGAUGGUAAAGGCUACGUCUCAGAUGCAUGAAAUGGAUGUUGACAAACCUCAAACUUACAACAUACAUGUGGCAAACGGAGAAAAAUAUGGAGCGGAUGGUGAAAAUAUGAUGGUAGAUUUGUUUCGAUGGUCCCGGUGUAAGAAGGCUUUGCCUCAGAAACUAAUGCAAUCAGUUGGAAUUCCUUUGCCCCUUGAACACGUUGAGGUUUUGGAGGAGAAUGUGGAGUGGGAAGACAUUCAAUGGUCGCAAACUGGCGUUUGGAUUGCUGGAAAAGAAUAUCCUCUUACUAGAGCACAUUUUCUUUCCCCAAAUUAGGCAAUCCUUUGUAUUGGAGAACUACAGGUUUUGGAUAUAAUUUGUCUAGAGAUAAAUGUACUGGACUUAUACUGAUUUAGAAUGCUAAAUUAUGGAAGUUAUGAACAAAACUAUUUAAACAAUGUGCA